CCCCAGGGAGGGUCACCCGGGGUCACCCGGGGAAGCCCCGCCGGCUGUGGGCGAAGCCGCGCCCGUCGCCGCUCGGGGAGGGGAGCGCAAGGGAUGCCCAGGCCGCAGGCGGGCGCUCACCACCGGCGGUCCCCCGGGCUGCACACCGAACUGUCCAGCCCCGCGCCGCUGCCCGGCUUGGCAGGUGCUCCGUCGGCGGCCGCUCUGCUCCCUGACCGCCCGGCCCCCAUCGCGUAGGCCUGAGCCACCAAGGUGGCCCGGCUGCUUUUCCUGCCGUGGGUCCAGCUGCUGUCAGCCCCCGCCUUUGUCUCCAGGGACUCCCCAGAGGCAGCAGCCUCAGCUAGAACCUCCCCCGCCUGGCCUUCCUCCUCACGGUCCGGACCCCAGCCCAGCCUGCUGGCUGUGUCCCCUCCAUCCUCUGGGCCCCGUGGUGCCUCCCUGGGGCUUUCAGUCUAGGGGAAGGACACACACACACCCUUUCUCCAGAAGUUGAAAACAACAGCUCGCUGUUUAGUCCGGGUGUUGUGUUGUCCUGGGGGUGGUUUGGGGUGGUGCCUCUCUGGGUCACCCCUUCCCAUUCUUGUCCUUGGGGCUCCUAAAGCUGAUGUCCCCGCCAAGCCGAGAAGGCGCGCCGCUUCUCCUCUGACAACUUAUCCAUUCCCCAGAGAUGUUAUUUUUCUUUAUUUGCGUCCUGUCUUCAGGAAUCUAACACACCUACCGCCAGCCUGGCCAGCAUCUUCCAGACACUCAGGGCACCUUUGGAGGUGGUCACAGUCCCCAUCACCUCUCCCCGUGUAUAGCUGGCCCUGGGGCCCCAUGUUCAGAUCCUCCAUGGAGACACACUUAGGGGAGAGUAAGGCAGAGAAUGCAGAAGGCACUUCGUGCCCGGUGCCUGUGAUCUCCAACUGUCUGUGUCCUCCCCACUGAAGAGGGGUCCAGGCAGGGUGCUCACCUGGACACCGGGUCCCCGGGCCAGGCCUCAGGGGCCGACGGUGAACCCUGGUGUCAGAGGGGACCACAUACCCUGGCCACUGUCACUCUGCUGUGCUCAGCUCCUGGGCGGUGUGAGGUGACAGCCAGCACGUUGGAACUUGCGUACCUGGGAAGUUACCUAUCAUUGUGGCCGGCCUGUCGAAGAAAUGGAUUUGGAUCAAUUGGACCUGAAUCCCAGGAUUAUUGCUGCAGUUAAGAAAGCCAAACUGAAAUCGAUAAAGGAGGUUUUGCAUUUUUCUGGCCCGGACCUGCAGAGACUGACCAGCCUGUCCAGCCUGGACGUGCAGCACUUGCUGAGAGCGGCCUCCUCACACCUGCGGGGAGGUGGCGUCCUCACAGCGCUGCAGCUGUGCGAGCGGGAGGGGGGGCUCCCCGCACGGCCCCGGCGCCUGAGCCUCGGCUGCCCCGUGCUGGACCGGCUCCUCCGCGGCGGCCUGCCCCUGGAUGGCGUCACCGAGCUGGCCGGCCUCAGCUCCGCCGGGAAGACCCAGCUGGCCCUGCAGCUCUGCCUGACGGUGCAGUUCCCGCCGCGCCACGGGGGCCUGGACGCAGGGGCCAUGUACAUCUGCACGGAAGACGUCUUCCCAAACCUGCGCCUGCAGCAGCUCAUCGCGCAGCAGCGGCGCCUGCGGACAGACGUUCCGGGAGAGGUGGUCAGCAGGAUAAAAUUCAGCAACCAGAUCUUCAUCGAGCACGUGGCUGACGUGGACUCCCUGCUGGAGUGUGUGAGGGAGAAGGUGCCCGUGCUGCUGUCCCGGGGGAUGGCCCGUCUGGUGGUCAUCGACUCGGUGGCAGCCCCAUUCCGCUGUGAGUUUGACGGCCUGGCCUUGGUCCCCAGGGCCAGGCAUCUGCAGGCCCUGGGAGCCGCCCUGCGCCGGCUGAGCUGUGCCUUCCAGAGCCCAGUGCUGUGCAUCAACCAGGUGGGGGCCCCACCAUCACCCCCAGACUGCAGGCCUCCUCCAUUCUUUAGGGAAGCAGCUGGGGGGUGGAGUGGGGGGACAAUGGGGUCCCUGCUGCAGCUGACCCUGGUCUGCACGUUCCAGGUGACAGAGGCCACAGAGGAGCAGGGCACAGCACCCCGGCCACACGGGCUCCGGGACGAGCGGGUUUCUCCAGCCCUCGGAAUGACCUGGUCCAACCAGCUCCUCAUGAGGUUGAUGGUCCACCGGCGCCGCCCCGGGGACGAGGCCGUCACCCCAGCCGGCCCCCCUGACCGCACCCUGAGCGUGGUCUUCGCCCCUCACCUGCCACCCUCCUCCUGUUCCUACACAGUCAACGCUGAGGGAGUGCGAGGGACCCCGGGGACCGAGUCCUGUUGACACGGUCCCCAGAUGCCGGCCAAGCCUGCCCUGUCUGCGGGCACAGGACUGGUGUCCCGACUCCACACACCCAUCACCGGGUCAGGGGCUGCUCGAGGGUGUCAUCUGCACCUUAACAGCAGGAAGGCGGCGAGCACAGAGGAGCCGCCCGAUGUGGCCUCCACGGAGCCUCCACGCAGGCAGGGCCACAUCCACACUCGUGCUGCACCGUGCUGCACCGCGCUGCCCGGCACAGCGGGCCCCGGGCCACUUCACCACAGCCUGCUCUGUGCCAGGCUCUGCCCUAAGUAACUCCGUGUUGGUGUGCUCUUCACAGCCCCUGGGGACCGGUACACUUACGAUCCUUGCUCUCAAGGAAACUGAGGCACAAAACAGCUAAGCAACUUGACCAACCUCCCACAAGUCUACAAGCCAGACACUGAGCCCCAGGGCUGGUGCCAGGAAGGCAGGCCCAUGCCGGACCCAUACGAGGGUGGAGGCACAGGUCCCUGUAACUGGCCACUCUUUCUGUUUGGAUGUUUUCUAGAGCAGAAACAUGGAUUUGAAAUGUCCACCCAGUUUUUAAAGUAGUCUGUGGCCCUCCAAAGGGUAAGAAUGGCCGCUGUAAAUCGAAAACAGGUUGUAAAAAAAAAAAAAAAAAGAAAACAGGUUGUAAUUUUAUACAAGAGCCUUUCUUUUCUGCAAGUGCACGGACUUUGCACCAAGAAAUAAACCAUUUAUUUUUUAAUAAAAUAGAAACAAUCCCAAAUUAUUUUCUAGGCAGAUCACACUAACAGUAAGAAAACUAUAGCCCAAGACAGCGUGUACACAACAGAUGGGCCUCCCCCGGGGGGCACGCACGCACGCCAGCACUCGGUAGGGG